CAAACACACAUGUCGGAGUCGAUGAGCUGCUGCCGUUGUUGCACAAGCUUCAUCUUCACACUGGGACUCACCUCUCUCUUCUUGUGGCUCAGCCUCCGUCCUUCCUCACCCGCCUUCUACAUACAGAACUUCUAUGCCCCUGCCCUAAACACCACCACCACCGCCACCGCCACCGCCGCCGCCACCGACACAAACACCAUUAACACCACCAUAGCCAUCAAUUUCAAAAUCGAGAACACCAACAAGGACAAGAGAAUUUACUACGAUGCCCUCAACAUCACCCUUUAUUACCGCCCAAACCUAAGCUUCUCCGUUGGGAACGCUUUGGUGCCUGGUUUCCGUCAGGGCCAUCAGAAGAAGGCCUUCAAGCAAGCAACAGUUCAGCCGGUGGAGAUUAAUUGGGAAGAAGCGGUGAAGAAGGUUUCUUCGAACGGGAUAGUGGGUUUCAGGGUGGAUUUGGCGACUAAUGUAAGGUAUAAGAUCAUUGUGUGGACGACGGAACGACACAAGGUGAGAGUCCACGCCGACGUGAUGGUCGACAAGCAGGGCAAGCAAAUCGAAAAGAAACGGAUUAAGCUAAAAUCAGCCGCACCCGAUCGCUGUUGUCACCGGUCCUGUUUCUCUGGAGUGUUGGCUUUCUUCUUCGUUUUACUUACGGUUUGGUAGUUAAAAAGUUCGUUAAUUUUAACUGUCGACGUAAUUC